CUUGAAUCCAGCAUGGCAUCAAUAUCAUUCCGUGGCAACAAUCAUGGGCUCCAAGUUGGAGAUAACACUGGCUCCAUUCACGCUGAAUUCCAUCUGCCCCCGGAGCGACCGGAGACUCCACCGAGCCCUUUAUCAACGGUCCAAUUCGCGCGCAAUCGUGAUUUCAUCCGUCGUGACGCACUGCUCCGUCAGAUACGGGAGAAAAGCUCGGUUCCAGGGUCGAGAAUAGCUCUAGUGGGCCUCGGCGGUGUCGGAAAAUCGCAGCUUGCUAUCGAGUACUCGUAUCAGGUCCGAUCCGAGUCAGCCGCAACGUGGGUCUUCUGGGUGCACGCGAGCGAUGAGGUCCGGUUCGAGCAAAGUUUCCGGGAGAUCGCAGACCAGCUUAAGAUACUCGGUCGUCAGGAUCCGAAAGCCAACAUAUUCAGACUGGUUGAGAACUGGCUACGGGAUGAGAAGAAAGGGAAAUGGAUCUGUAUCCUUGACAAUGCGGAUGAUGAUAAGUUCCUUUGUUCACUUCCCACGGCAGAGAAGGGAGUUUUAACAAAGGAGCCAUCAAACGCCUCGACGAAGCCUCUCCUAGAAUACGUUCCCAGAAGCAGGAACGGAUUUGUGAUUAUCACGAGUCGGAGCAGAGAGGUUGCGCUCAAGAUGGUCAAGCAUACGGAUCUUAUUCAAGUGAACCCGAUGGAAAGAUCUGAGGCGCUAGAGCUUCUUCAAAAGACGCUUACUCAAUCUGGGGAAAGCCAGGAGAAUCAGCAGUUAGUGGAAGAGCUCGAGUGUAUGCCGCUUGCGAUAGUCCAGGCGGCUAGCUAUAUUCGAGAACGAGGAAAUCGCUAUUUGGUACCACAAUACCUGAGAGACUUCCGAAAGAGUGACCGCGAAGCGACAAACCUGCUCAAAAAAGAGGUUGGCCACCUUGAUCGGGAUUGGGAAGCAAAGAACUCAAUUUUCAUGACCUGGCGAAUAUCAUUCGAUUAUAUUCGCCGCGAAAAGCCCUCUGCAGCAGAAUUACUUUCACUUAUGAGCUUUUUCGAUCGUCAAGGGAUACCGGAGGACCUUAUCCGCUGCCAGCCAUCAACCAUCCGCACGGCAAGGACAGAAAUCUCCAACGACUCUAGUGACGGGGAGACCUCUGAUUCUGAAUACGGCGGAGGUCCGGACUUUGAAGAUGAUGUCACAACCCUAAGGAAUUACUCAUUCAUCUCGAUUGGCGAGAGUGGCACUUCCUUUACUAUGCAUCGGCUAGUGCAACUGACUACGCGCGCAUGGCUGAAGUCUUAUGGAGAAAUAGAACGAUGGAGGGAAAGAUUUAUACGUAAUCUAUCCGACGAGUUUCCUACAGGUGAAUAUGAAAACUGGGGAAAAUGCCGCUCGCUCUUUCCUCAUGUCCGUGCUGCGAUGUCUCAACGGCCAAAAUCACGAGAGUCUCUAUUAAGAUGGGCCACACUACUUUAUCAAGGGGCAUGGUAUGCGUCAGAAAGCGGUAAUAUGGCAGAUGCGAGGGACAUGGCAUCGAAGUCGCACAAGCAGAGACAGAAAUUGCUAGGUGUCCAGGCUGAAGAAGCCCUUGCAAGUGCUGCGAUGUUGGCAGAAACAUACUCACGAGAGGGCCGAUGGGAGGAGGCGGAGCAGCUCGAGCUUGGCAGUGACCAUUCUGACACGCUGACAAGUAUAGCCAACCUGGCAUCGACGUAUUGGAAUCAAGGCCGAUGGGAUGAGGCGGAGCAGCUCGAGGUGCAGGCGGAGCAGCUCGAGGUGCAGGUCUUGGAGACUCGAAAGACAAAGCUUGGCGGUGACCACCCUGACACGCUGGCGAGUAUGGCCGACCUCGCUUUCACUUGGAAAUCUUCAGGCCAUGAUGACCCAGCUUUGGAUUUACUACGAGCUUGCCUGGCCAAGCAGAGGCAAAUCCUUGGGCUCAAUCAUCCCGUCACUGUAUCUAAUUCGCAAACUUUGCUGGAGUGGGAAACAGAGAUGUGA